AUGGCGAUAUACCUUAGCUUCAAACGGAGAUUUGACCCAUCAAUAGUGGCCUGCCUGACAUGGAUGUCAUACGAUUACCUCUUAAGUCUAAAUCUUGAGGAGAAAAAAUUCACUCCAGUUUCCUUGGUUUAUGGACUGCUGCGGUAUGCUGGCAUGUUGUGGGCAUGGUCACAAGGCUCGCCCGUUUUCUUAUGGUUUUAUUUCAAGCGGAUGCUGACUUAUAAAUGUGAGCUCGGUGUCGGUUCUCACUCGUUUGUUGUCGGUUGUAUCGUCGCCGGAAUGAUUGUAAUCUUUCUGCUGCAAGGAAUGAUGGCUCUACGGGUAUACGUCCUUCUCCAAAAGUCAAAGCGCAUCCUCUUUGUAAUUAUUCCGGCCUUCUUGGCCAGCCAAGGUACCGUCCUCUUCUCCGUAAUCACAAUAUCUGAGCGCGGCGGGAGCUCUAUGCCAGUAACAUUGUUCGUGCUUUGCUCCCGUUAUGCUAUCAAGCGUCUCGAGCGGCCACUCAGAUGGGCAUCGACCACACACUACGCCAGCUCCUUGGCGCUCUUCGUUAUUAAGCAGAAUCUGUUUUAUUUCAUCAUUAGUUUUGUAGCUGUAGUUGUCACUCUUGUGGGUCGAGCGCCCGCCCCUCAAUCGUCUGCAGUAUACAAGGCAAUCAACUCGAUAAUAGACUUCUAUUUGUUCACAAUGAUAGGACCAUGGUCGGUCCUCCGCCUUCGAGAUCGACAUGAAGAAGAUGUCAAUGGUUACGCUUUACGCACAAUUCCUGCAACAACCUUGCGCUUUGCCGACACGGACACAGCAGGAGGGGCGUAG